AUGAGAAUGGAUUUCCCGGACCCCACCAACGACGAGAUCUACGAGAGCUUCAUCCAGACCAUGGGCAUCGACUUGGACGAGGAGGCUCGACUGCACACGCCUAGCUUCCGCACAAACAAUACAAUUGCCGUUGAUUUGGUGCAGGAGCAACCUGAGCAACCCGACGACGGGCAGAAUGGUGAUUUGGUCAAUCACGACAUGCAGGAGGCCAAGGAGGGAGUGACAGACAUAGACGAGAGAGAGAGAGAGAGAGAGAGAGAGCUGGUGCUGGCCAGCAAGCAGCCAGUGGAGUAUCAGAAGCCCAAAGGAAGCCCAAAGAGUACUUUGGAGCCUUCUACCGAAGUCGAGGAGGCCCAUGACGGAGAGGAGGGCGAGGAGGCGGACCUAGAGGAAGAUGAGGAGGAACAACCUGAUCCUGAUGAUGCUGACGAUGAAGACAAGGAUCAAGGCUGGGAUGAAGAAGGUGAUCAGGAGGGCCAGGAGUCCGGUGACGCCGAUCAGGGUGAGGAGUGGGCUGAUGAUGAUGAUGAUGAAGGGAUACCGACUUCGGGGUAUCCGGAUGAUGAGGGUAUGGAUGCUGCCGACCCGCCUGCUCCGGCUUCCUACCCCAAGCCGAAAUCCAUCCUGCGGGCGCCCUCCAGCAUCAGCGUCCAGUCGGAGAAGUCCUCAAUCAGCCCGGUGGGCGUGCGGGACGAUGACGGCAAGGUCAGAGUCUUGGACGAAAAGACCCGGCAAUCGAUCCAGGCCAUGACACACCCCAACCAGAUGGACGCCGGGGAACGUCGCCGGCAGCGCGAGGCCAUGAAGCGGUUCGAAUUUUUAAAGGCAUUUAUGCUUGACCCGAAUAUGGGCGAUAUGCACAUCGAAGCGAUCUACAGCGAGUGCUCGGGCAGCAUUGAUCAUUUGCAGUAUUCGGAGAAGCGGAACGAAGGUGCAAACGUGAACAAGGUGGGCACAAAGACCACAGCCAGGAAGCGGAUCGGAAAAGCCGACGAAACCACGAAAAAGAAGCUCGGGGAGAUCAUGACUUCCCAAGCUGCCGACUUUGUGAAGGGUCUGGACGACAAGGGGAAUAAGAAAGCUACAAAAGAGCCCAAGGUUCUGACGGAUGAAGAAGUGAGGAAACGUGAUUUUGAUAAGACGAUGAGCCAGAUCAACGAAUGCGUCUUCGCAGGGUACGAGGAUGAGUAUGUUUACGAGAAGGUGGAGGAGAAACGAGCCGAGAUCGAGGCCGCCAACAAAGCCGUCCUCUCAGCAGAGGAUAUCGUUGCCGGCCACUAUCGCUUGAACUCAGAGAGAAAGAAAGCAGAAAAGGCCGCUGCCAAAGAUGGUGUUACGGAUGGUGAGUACGACAGCAGCUGGGACACCGAAGCGUGGGAUUCCUCAGUUGCCGAAGCGCCGGCCAAACGAGCCCGCCGCGCCUAA